UCUGACUUUCCAAACACAAGUUCAAUUCUCAGUGGAUCUGGGUGCCACUGUUCUCUCUCUCAAUCUGAAACCUCAUCAAUCCUCUCCGUCGACAAUUUUGCUUCCAAUAAAAUCGUAACAAAUACAUCAUCUCUUCUGUCUCUACAAGAUCAAUGAUGUCUUUGCAGUCUCUCACAAACCCUAAACCCUGCACCCUAUACUCUCCCACUCCCACGCCCUUCAAAUCCAAAACCCUAAAAUCUCGAAAACUCAAAGCCAACUCCGUAAGAUCAGUGCUUCAGUACAACCGCAAGCCUCAACUGGCCGGCGAGACUCCCAGAGUGGUUGUCAUCACCUCCGGCAAGGGUGGCGUCGGAAAGACUACCACCACCGCCAAUGUCGGCCUCUCCCUCGCCCGCCUUGGCCUCUCCGUCGUCGCCAUCGACGCCGACGUCGGCCUCCGCAACCUCGACCUCCUUCUCGGCCUUGAGAACCGCGUCAACUACACCGUCGUCGAGGUCCUCAACGGCGAUUGUCGCCUGGACCAAGCCCUCGUCCGCGACAAGCGGUGGUCCAACUUCGAAUUGCUCUGCAUUUCCAAGCCCCGCUCCAAGCUUCCAAUCGGCUUCGGCGGCAAAGCCCUAGUCUGGCUCGUCGACGCCCUCAAAGACCGGCAGGAAGGUUGCCCGGACUUCAUACUCAUCGACUGUCCCGCCGGCAUCGACGCUGGGUUCAUCACGGCGAUCACGCCGGCGAACGAGGCGGUUCUGGUGACCACGCCGGACAUAACGAGCUUGCGCGACGCCGAUAGGGUUACGGGAUUGCUCGAAUGCGACGGAAUUAGGGAUAUCAAGAUGAUUGUGAACCGAGUUCGGACGGACAUGAUCAAAGGUGAGGAUAUGAUGUCGGUGCUCGACGUUCAGGAAAUGUUGGGGCUGGCAUUGUUGGGGGUGAUUCCAGAGGAUUCCGAGGUUAUUCGGAGCACGAAUCGAGGGUACCCUCUGGUGCUGAACAGGCCGCCGACAUUGGCCGGAUUGGCGUUCGAGCAGGCGGCGUGGAGGCUGGUGGAGCAGGACAGUAUGCAGGCGGUGAUGGUGGAAGAGGAGCCGAAGAAGAGGGGCUGGUUUUCUUUCUUUGGAGGGUAGAGGAAUUGGAUCCAGAUUGAAUUUUGUUUUGUCUACGAGAUUGCAGGUCUACUUGCGACAUUUUUUUGGGUUGGAAUAUGCAAGCAUGCUAAUUAGCAGAAUAAUGGGAAACACCAACAACUACUGAAUAUCUGAAUAAUCUCCACAUCACAUCAAUGUUACAAGUUGGUGGGGAUGAAACCCCAGUCUCACCUCUGCAACCGUGCUCUCCUAGUUGGAUAUGUAGACAUAAAGGACAGAGGAUGGCAAUAACUGAUAUGGGGCAGGGGCGGGGGCAGCUCACAUCAAUCUGCCCGUCAAGGAGCACAUUAACCAACUCCACCGACCCCAGCAAGCAGCUAAACUCACCCUCAAGCCUGACCUUGUCCAUUGUCCUAAAAACCCAAUCCUCCAUCCAGCCCAAUCUAUUUACAUUACAGAAAGACCAAAUAAAUACCUUGGAAUCAGUUGCCUGCAUUUCUGAAUGCAUAUGUAAGUUUAUAUAUGUAUUAUGCAUAUUAUGUACAUGUAAGGAAAACAAUCACCUUAGUAAAUGCCACCCAGAUGUAAAUA